AUGGCCGCCGUUGGUAACAGCUUGUUCGCCGUCACGUUCGGGCUCCUACGGCAGCAGUACAGGAGGGAGCAGCAGCAGAUCUGGGACCUCGCUGGCGCGUUCGAGGUGCCACCACCGUCGGUGACAGAGGAGGCUGAGACGGACACCAGGACCAUGCAGCUCUUCCCCACGUGCCCCGGCAUGACGCAGCCGUCCCAAGAGCGGCCGGAGGCGCAGGUAAUGGCGCCGCUGACCAUCUCCUACGAGGGGCGAGUGCUCGUGUUCGGGAACUUCCCGGUGGACAAGGCCAAGGAGCUGAUGCAACUGGUCAAAUCUUUGUCGACCUCUCAGGCGUCGGAGAAGGGAACGUCGGCCGUUCAAGAAAAAGCCGGCAGCUACCGAGGCAUCAGCGGAGAUCGACAUGCCCUUCACGAGGAAGGUAUCACUACGGGGGUUCCUCAAUCUAGAAGAGGAAGCAUAGGUGAGGAGGGGGCAUCAGUGCAUCGCACAGAACGCUCACCAUCUGCUUCACUGUGA